AUGGUUCAGCGUUCUACGAAGCGAAUGGAAAUGGUGGUAGAUAUCUAUGAGAGUGCAGAUGCUGUUAGAGGUCACGACCCUGACCCUGAAGGCAGUGACACAAAGAGAGGCCCAGACACAGCACCACACACAGGAUUCAGCACCAUAGGAGGCAGGUGUUACAGAGUGACCACAGUGUGUGUGGUGCUGCUGUGUGUUUUCCUACUGAGUGCUGUCACACUGCUCUGGAUAAAAUACAACAAGCUGAAUACAGAAAACAACCAGUUACAGACCAGUAACAACAACCUGACUAUAGAGAGAGACCAGUUACAGACCUGCUGUAACAGCCCAACUAAGGAGAGAGAGCAGUGUCGGUCUGAUAACAUUGUUGUAUCUGUUGUCAUUAAACAAGGAUGGAGUUUCUCCAGCUCCAGUCUUUAUUACAUCUCUACUGAGAAGAAGAACUGGACUGAGAGCACACAGGACUGUAGAGAGAGAGGAGCAGACCUGGUGAUCAUAACCAGCAGAGAGGAACAGAACUUCAUCAUUAAACAGCUGGGUGACAGUAAUGAGGCUUGGAUUGGUCUGAGUAAAGACGACACAAAGACAAAGUGGAAAUGGCUGGACGGUACAGAGCAGAACAACAGCACUGGGGUCUGGGCUCAGGGGGAACCGAAUAAUCAUGGCGGUAAUGAAGACUGUGGAACGAUUAAGACAUUUCCAGAUAUGACAGGAUGGAAUGACAAACCAUGUUUCAAUACAUCACAGUGGAUCUGUAAGAAAAAUGUUUUAUAA